AUGAUUCAAUCAGAUCAAUGCAAUGCAUAUUCUUCCUGUUUUCUACUUGUGAAUAAUGAUGCUGUGCGUAGUGAGGCAUAUUUACCACUGAAUAAAACCAAAUUUCUUCGACGUUCGCCAAUAAAAAUUAGAAACGACCGAUCAGCUUUGAAUGCUAUUGGAUUGUGUUCUCGAAGCAGUUUCAGUGAUUGUCUUAUCAUAAUAACAGCCGUAGCGGCAGCAGCUCCCGAACCUAAUUCACCUGUGAAUUUGAUACCAAUUUAA